AUGUCAUACUCAUCUCGGCAACGUAGCGUCACAAUCGCCGAUGGAGAUGGACUAGCGGUGAUUAGAGAAGAGCAAAUCAGCGCUUUCGUCUCAAAGGAUGAUGUUUCAUUCAAAAAAGACUCUAUCGAUUCUCAGAAACCUGAUAGCAUAACCGGUACAAAGUAUGGCGAUGCAGACAUCGAAGCUAUGCUUGCAAAAAGAGAAGCUCAAUUAAGAGCAGAAUUUGACGAUGAAUUAAAAACGCAAUUAAGUAUGCUGAGGGAACGAUUUGACUUUGUGCUACAACAUGAACAAGUUCGCUCGUGUUACAUGUUACGGGAAGCUCACAGGGAAAGGAAGGAGAAAGUUCAGGCUCUGCAGACACAACUGGAAUGUAAAAACUUGACUGGUCUGAUGUAUGUUAUGUGCGCGGAAAGAAGGAAAGCGAAAUUAGAAAAGAUGAGGAUUAUUUCUGAGUACACCAAGUACAUCAACACCCUUCAAGAUAUCCUCACGGAAGGCCAGCGUCUUAUACUCCAUCUGUCGCGAGGGUACAAGACAGCUGCUCGCGUGGACCACGAGUGGCGGCAGAAAAUGAAAAGCAUUAUUAAAGAGUUCCAAGAAUACGUGUACCACUUCGCCGGCGGCACCCCCGAGUCCAACCAGUACGUGUUUGACGUGCCAGCCCUGCUGAGGACUGAGGCCUCCAUUGUUGACGACCCUGAGGAAGACCCGUGCACGUGUGAAGAAGGUGAAGAAGAAGAAGAAAGGACGGUGGUAGCCGAAGAAGAAGCUAAGACGUGGUGGGAGCUGCUUGACUCCCCGUGCAAACCGUUCGUCAUGUUCGGAGACAUGGCCGAGUUCCUGCCCCCGCAGCGCCGGCAGGUCGUCACCUCUGCUAAUAAAGUUCUUAAGUCUGCACCGCCUAAGUGGAAAGAUUAUGUUUUCAACGAAAUGUUAUUGAAAUCCGACUGUCCCCGGGCUGACGUCAUAAAGGACGAAUACCCGAAGCAUUUGCCAGUAGACAAGUGGGAAUGCCAGGCCCGUGCGGACAACGACUCUAGCGAUUCUUCCAGAUACGACAGUCGGCGUCCGACCACCAACAGCAAUGAAAUGCGCAACAUGGGGUCCAUCCUGAAAAUUAUCACAUCAAGUGGCUUAUUACCACCAAAAACCAACCUGCUUGCAGCAAGGGACUCCAUGGAGAUCGCCUCCUCCACCAGAGUUCGAGGAAAGAAGAACGGCUAUGAUGUAAAAAACGUCUCCAUAUGUAUUGCAAGAACGAGAUCGUCGAGCCGGCAGGAUUUGCCGAAAGAGUUCAUGCCCGGAAAAUCUAACGACAUACAAAAGUCAGAGCCACCAGUCAGUGAACAACAGCGCCUAUCUGCCGACAGUGCCGACACUAACGACGAAGCGGAACUUACGGAAGUUACGAGGGACACCAAAAACGGUUUAGAAAGCAUUCAAGACAGCCUGCUAGUCAUACCGUCUCACAAGGCAGAUAAUGAUCAUAAAAUUAAUUAUGAAAAAAUCUGCCCCAUGGACAAAUGCCAGCGAAUGCAAGUGGAUUCCUUUAUGCGUUCAUUGCCAGCUUACAUGCGUGCGAGUCCGUACACGCUUUUUGAGCAGACCUUCGCUGAGUAUGAGACGUGUUCUCCUGAACAACUGGAAAUCCUAAAGCAGCGCUUAGAGCAAAAGCAGAAAAGAUACACGCCAGAAGAAGAAGACAGCGCGUCCGCACCAGAUUUCGAACGAGCGGUAGAUGGCGUUGGUGUGCAGACUUCAGACGAGCUGAUCACGGGACUCCCGCCUUGCACUUGCCAUUAUCCGUCUGGUGCAUCUAGUACUACUAGGGUCUUUAAAGUCAUAAAUGCUAAUACAUUUACAAUUAUUCCAGUGUCAGACCUUAUCCCGAUGAAGGAGGCCCUGGACGAGAUCACGAAGGAAUGCUUCUACAACCAGAACAUCAUGUUCCACCGGUUCAAAGUAGUGGGGCAAGAGAGCAGGCAUUCGCUUUAUAUGUAUAAUAAUGAAACAAAAGGCAAAGAAGAAUUCAAGAAGUUAAGAGUACAAGAGAUAAAGAACAUCCUGAGAAAGCAUCCCAGCAUGCUAGACCUGUUCCAACCCAACCCUCAGUGAUAAAACACCAUUAUGUCUAUUUUAUAAAUUUUAUUACAAACAUUAAAAUUCUAAUAAAA